UAUAUGUGCGCCUGCGCGGCGCUGCUGCGGGACAGUCGGGACGGAGGAGACAAGAUGGCGUUGCGGGCGAUGCGGGGGAUCGUGAACGGGGCUGCGCCCGAGCUACCCGUGCCCACCAGCGGGCCCGUGGUGGGAUCCCGGGAGCAGGCGCUGGCGGUGAGCCGGAACUACCUUUCCCAGCCUCGCCUCACAUACAAGACAGUAUCAGGAGUCAAUGGUCCACUAGUGAUCUUAGAUCAUGUUAAGUUUCCCAGAUAUGCUGAGAUUGUCCACUUGACGUUACCAGAUGGCACGAAGAGAAGUGGGCAAGUUCUAGAAGUUAGUGGUUCCAAAGCAGUGGUUCAGGUGUUUGAAGGGACUUCGGGUAUAGAUGCCAAGAAAACAUCCUGUGAGUUUACUGGGGAUAUUCUCCGAACACCAGUGUCUGAGGAUAUGCUUGGUCGGGUAUUCAAUGGAUCAGGAAAACCUAUCGACAGAGGUCCUAUUGUACUGGCUGAAGACUUCCUUGACAUCAUGGGCCAGCCAAUCAAUCCUCAGUGUCGAAUAUACCCAGAGGAGAUGAUUCAGACUGGCAUUUCCGCCAUAGACGGCAUGAACAGUAUUGCAAGGGGGCAGAAAAUUCCCAUCUUCUCUGCUGCUGGCUUACCACACAAUGAGAUUGCAGCUCAAAUCUGUCGCCAGGCUGGUUUGGUAAAGAAAUCCAAAGAUGUAGUAGAUUACAGUGAGGAAAAUUUUGCAAUUGUAUUUGCUGCUAUGGGUGUAAACAUGGAAACUGCCCGGUUCUUCAAAUCUGACUUUGAAGAAAAUGGCUCAAUGGACAAUGUCUGCCUCUUUUUGAACUUGGCUAAUGACCCAACUAUUGAGCGAAUUAUCACUCCUCGCCUGGCUCUAACCACGGCGGAGUUUCUGGCCUAUCAGUGUGAGAAACAUGUGUUGGUUAUCCUAACAGAUAUGAGUUCUUAUGCAGAGGCACUUCGAGAGGUGUCAGCUGCCAGGGAAGAGGUUCCUGGUCGACGAGGUUUCCCAGGUUACAUGUAUACAGAUUUAGCCACAAUAUAUGAACGUGCUGGUCGAGUGGAAGGUAGAAAUGGCUCUAUUACUCAAAUCCCUAUUCUCACCAUGCCUAAUGAUGAUAUCACUCAUCCCAUCCCUGACUUGACUGGAUAUAUUACAGAGGGGCAGAUCUACGUGGACAGACAGCUGCACAAUAGACAGAUUUACCCGCCUAUAAAUGUGCUGCCCUCAUUAUCACGGCUGAUGAAGUCUGCCAUUGGAGAAGGCAUGACCAGAAAGGACCACGCUGAUGUAUCCAACCAGCUGUAUGCAUGCUAUGCUAUCGGUAAGGAUGUACAGGCCAUGAAAGCCGUAGUUGGAGAAGAAGCCCUUACCUCAGACGAUCUUCUUUACUUGGAAUUUCUGCAGAAAUUUGAACGGAACUUUAUUGCUCAGGGUCCUUACGAAAACCGCACUGUCUUUGAGACUUUGGACAUUGGCUGGCAAUUGCUCCGAAUCUUCCCCAAAGAAAUGCUGAAGAGAAUCCCUCAGAGCACCCUGAGCGAGUUUUACCCUCGAGACUCUGCAAAACAUUAGCUGCUGCUCCAUCACCGGCUCAAUACUCUUGUGAAAUGCUGAUUCUGUUUUCUUUAUUCCCUGUAAGUGCACCAACCCCACCUUGAAUUGGAGUUUACUGUGUUACCCUGUAAUUAAAAAUGCAGAAUAGGUAACAUAUUGUGCCACUGUUGCAAUGUCUUAAACUGCUAGCAGGUUUUAAAAUAUCCCCCUAUUCAGAAAACCUGGAUCCUCAAUGCUGUGUUUAAAGCAGCUGCAGGGAUGGAGGUGAAGUUUUCUUCCUGAUGCGUUUGUGCACAGUGGUGUAGUUAGUUGCCUUAUCACGUCCUCAUUAUUUCGGUCUCCUAGACCUUACCUCUCAACCCCCUCAAAGUAUCGAUAUAUGAAGUUAAAAUACUUCGAUUUCCAAAUUAGGGUCAGAAUCAGGUCUGAAAGCAUCCUUUUGGAAGAGCCAAAAGGCUUCUUCCUGAGCAUUUGUUUUUGUAUGGUUGGCGUGCCUCCAGGUCUACACUGCUUGCUCUAAGCAGAUGGUUUUUACUGUCUACCUUCUCUUUCCUGUUCAAUGACGGGAUUAGAAAAGGAGUUUCCUCUCCUCUUUAGUCCGUGUGAGUCAGGACUCCUGUGUGUGAACUUUCUCGCCCCCUCUGAGUAGCACUGAGUCAUGCAGCUUUUGCACAGCUGGCAUUGAUCUGGUAGAGUGAGAUGCCUGGCCUUGAUCCUUACUGGCUUUCCAUGCAGAGGAAUCAUUAAAAUAACUACUGGAACUGUUGCUUGGAAAGAAUUGGGGUGUAAUAAAGAUGAAGAAAGGAAAACCUGUAUCUGUUCUACAUUCUGACAUGCUAACAGUGGUGUAAGUUUCUAAAGUGUUUACCAGAUGCUGAAGGCAAGGCGGGAAGCUCACGUAUGGAUAUUCUAAACUCUGAGAGCAGCCUUUGGAAAAUCCUGUUUGGUUCUUUUCUGACCUAUCUUUGCCUUUUCAGGGUAAUCUUGUGGCACGGUGAUAGCAUUUACAAGCUUCAGCCUGUUAAUUCCUGCUGCUUCUUGCUGUGAGCCCUGAGCUGUCUUCUGUGCACUCCUGCCCUGUUUGGUCUCUGUGUUCCUUGUCACUUGGGUACAAUAGCAACUUCUCAGCUCUCUGCAUUCCAUCUUUCAAGUUGUGUAAAGUUCUUCCUUUUUUUCUCUGAGGGUAUAGUGGGUGGGGUGGGGGAGACAGCAUGAUUAUAUUUAAUGUAGAAAAUGUGACAUCUGGAUAUAAAAUGAAAAUAAAUGUUAAAUUAAAUGGAA